GUUCUUCAGACAAUGUCUAAUGAGACGUGUGAACAUUGGCAGAGUUUGUUCAGUCGAAUCAAUCACUACUUUCGUGAUGAUAUUGUGUUGAAUGGUACCGAACAUGCCUCAAAAGAAUUUGGCUACGCAAUUACUACCUCCUACCUUGUUGUGAUAAUCUUCGGAGCUUGUGGUAAUUUCCUCACAAUGGUCGUCGUCGUCCUAAAUCCAAGCAUGCGAACUACUCGCAACUUUUUCAUCUUUAAUCUAGCUCUCUCCGAUUUUUUUGUUUGUACUGUAACAGCUCCAAUGACACUGUACACAGUAUUGUAUAUGUUCUGGCCGUUCGGUACAGCUUUGUGUAAAAUCGCUGGCUCACUCCAAGGGUUCAAUAUAUUUCUAUCUACUUUCUCUAUUGCAGCCAUAGCGCUUGAUAGAUAUGUACUGGUAAUCUUUCCCACGAAACGUGAACGGCAACAUAACUUGUCACUAAUGUUCUUCGUAUUCAUAUGGGUUUUAUCGUUGAUACUCGCUGUACCACUUCUUAUCGCUUCCGAUCUUAAUACCAUAUACGAGGACCCGUCGUGUGGAAUCUCUCUCCGAAUAUGUCACGAGCAAAACGAUAUUUGGCAAACGAUGAUGAUCUCCAAGCAGACAUACACGUUGUCAGUACUAGUGACGCAGUACGCCUUUCCAUUGUUCUCCUUGGUCUUUGCAUACAGUAGAAUCGCACAUCGCAUGAAAUUGCGAUUUGCCAAUCGCAAUUUACCACUUCCAAAUUCGCUCGAACAAAAUCAACGAAGGAGGUCAGUGGUGGAGCGGCAACGUCGUACUCACUUUCUUCUAAUGUGCGUAGUGGCGGUUUUCGCUAUCGCAUGGUUACCACUGAACGUUUUCCACAUUGUGAACACGUUCGAGUGGGUCUCGUUGUUCUCCGUGUCGACAUUCGCAAUUUGUCAUGUUGCAGCGAUGUGCUCUGCAUGUCUGAAUCCACUCAUAUACGCCUUCUUCAACCAUAAUUUUCGAAUAGAAUUUAUCGCUUUGUUCGAAAAACUGAGACUUCGGUGA